AAGCCGCAGAUGACAAUUUACAUUUUUCUCCAGAACAUCGGAUGAAAAUGAAGAUCAUCUUUUAUUUGCUCUUUGUGUGUUUUGUGCUCGAUGAUGGUGUGUUUGGUGAUGAUGAAAUGAAGACGUCUGUGUCAGUGAUGGAGGGAGAUUCUCUGACUUUACGCGCUGCUGUUACUGGAUUACGAAAUGACAAAUCUGAUUAUAUUAAAUGGUAUUUUAAUGGCAUCCGUGUAGCUCAAAUCAAUGGAGAUCUCAGUGUGUUCUGUACAGAUGUGAAGUGUCCAGGUGGUUAUAAUGAGACAUUCAGAGACAGACUGAAGAUGAACAAUCAGACUGGAUCUCUCACUAUCAUGAACACCAGUAUUACAGACUCUGGAGUUUAUCUACUAAAGACCAUCAUCAACAACAUCAAUGAUGAAAAGAUAUUCACUGUUACCGUCAAACCUGGAGUGUCUGCUGCUGAAAUGAAGAUAAAGUCGGUGAUUGAAGGAGAUUCUGUCACUCUACACACUGAUGAUACUGUAAAACAGGGAGAUGUUGUGAUGACGUGGUAUUUCAAUGACACUCGUAUAGCUGAAAUGAAGGAAGAUCCCAGUAAGAGCUGUACAGAUGUGACGUGUGAUGAAGGUGCUGAGAGAUUCAGAGACAGACUGAAGAUUGACCAUCAGACUGGAGAUCUCACUAUCACAAACACCAGAACUACAGACUCUGGACUUUAUCAACUAGAGAUCAGCAGCAGUAUCAGCAGCAGCUUCAGCGUAAAGAGCUUCAGUGUUAAUGUCAGCGUAUCAGACAUAAAAACUCCAGAUUCAGGUCUGUCUUCUGGUGAUGUGGAGGAAAUAAGGAUUGUUGUUGUUCUGGUGUUCAUGUAUUGCGUUGUAGCUGCUGCUGGUGUUGUGAUUUAUUAUCACUGUACUGAUGUCAAGACAAAAUGAUAUCGAGAUGAAGCACAAUGUUCAGGAGGAUGACGGAGAGAACGAGACUCAUGUGAUGAAUGAUGAAGGACAGGAAGAGAGAGAGGAUGCAACUGAAUGACUCGACAACAGUUUGUGCUGCUGCUGUUCCGGUAUAACGCUGCUCUGAUCGAGGAUCAGUUUCCCCACCUCAAAUCCAAACCUCACUUACUAUUGAGAAAGGGAAAUCUGACUCGAGAUCAGCGGCUGCAGUUGUAUUUAUCUUCAAUAUGAGUCAACACUGAGAUGACGUGAUCAUAAACUCAUCAGACUCGUGUCUUAAACUUGUGAAGAAGUCUUUCUACUCUGGAUUUUAUCUGAAUCUCCAAAUAUUCUCUUCUGCGCUGUGUUUGUCGGUGGGGACCGUAUAUGAUUGUGCCGUUUUGUUCAUUUAAAGCCGUUCAACAGUUUAAUUUUGCUGCUGUUGGAAAGACUUGAUGCUUAAUAGACAAAUUAUUCAGUUUUACUGACAUGAAACAAAAAGUACAAACACACUUUCUCUAGUCUUGAUGAAUUCUGAAUACUGGAAACUUUCUGAACAGUGAUGAAUGUGUUUCAUCAGAUCAUCUGAAGCGCUUCUCAAACAUUUCAGUUCCAACAUUUGAUCAAAUAAGAAGCAAAUAAAUGUUUCCUUUAAUCUUUUAUUUCACUAAAGCAACACACACGUGCCACAAUGAUUAAAAUCAAUGUGCCUGAAGUUAAUAUAAAAAGACAAUCAAAACCCUCAUCUAUGCAUGUCAUUAUAUUAAUUAUAUUUAUACUGUAGUUAAUAUAAAACCUGCAGUCAAAUCAAAAACAUGAAUUAUAAAUAUUGCCUUUAGUAUUUCUUCUGGAAAUAUUAAAAUCUGAUUUUCUCUUUAAAAUGUUUAAAUCACUGUAGUUUGAUUGAUUCAUGUGGGUCAUGCAGGGACUUCUGGAAACACGUAAUUUAUUUAUAUAACCGUAAUUUUAACAAGUUUACUGUUAACAUGUAUAUAAUAGAUGUGUAUUUAUUUAUUUGUCCUAUUGUGUAUUUAUAUAUACUUGUAUUUUCUAUUCUCUUUUUUUGUUUAUAUUAUCUGUCAAGCUUCUGU